AUGAAUCCUAAGAAGAUCAAAGCAGUGAUGGAUUGGCCUGCCCCUAGAAAUGUUAAGGAAAUACGAUUUGUUAGAUAUUCCAGCUUCUACAGAAAACUCAUAGGAAGCUUCUCUAAGGUGAUGGCACCAAUUACGCAGUUGACAAAGAAAGGAAUGCCCUUUUGGUUACCUGAGGCACAGAUUGCCUUUAGUAAGCUAAAGACUCUUUUCACUUCUGCACCAAUAACGGCACAUACUGAUCCUGAACCUCAUUUUAUAAUCAAAGUGGAUGCCUCAGACAUUGGAGCUAUCCUUUCUCGGCAAAAAGGAUAA